UUCGUUAUUUGUUGGGCAAUUUUUAUCGAAAGGCCAUUUUCCAUUGGAUUUUGAAGGCUAAAAAUGGCGGAUUCGGCCUGAGCCUAUUCUUCAACGAUGAUUAAGUCCAUCUUGCAGCGAUUUGGGCGGAUUUCUUUCGGGUCCAUUUUUGGCAAAUUCCAAAGGGGUACAAUCACAGAUUUCGGGCGAUUUUUCCUUAAUGUAAUUUUCUUUCAAUUUUGGAGGCUACAGAUCACGAAUUUGGCCCAAGGCUAUUCUCCACCGAUAAUGAAGUCAAUUGAUCCUAUUCCGAGCCGAUGAUUUAGUCGAUUAAGCACCGAAUUGGGCCAAUUUAUUUUAAAUUGACAUUUUCGUUAUUUGUUGGGCAAUUUUUAUCGAAAGGCCAUUUUCCAUUGGAUUUUGAAGGCUAAAAAUGGUGGAUUCGGCUUGAGACCAUUCUUCAACGAUGAUAAAGUCCAUCUAGCAGCGAUUUAGGCGGAUUUUUUCUGGGUCCAUUUUUGGCAGAUUCCAAAGGGGUAACAUUACAGGUUUCGGGCGAUUUUUCCUAAAUGUCAUUUUCUUUCGAUUUUGGAGGCUACAGAUAACGAAUUCGGCCCAAGGCUAUUCACCACCAAUAAUGAGGUCUAUUGAUCCUAUUCUGCGCCGAUUAUUAAAUCAAUUAAGCACUGAAUUGGGCCAAUUAAUUUUGGGAUGACAUUUUCGUAAUUUGUUGGGCAAUUUUUUUGAAAGGCUAUUUUCCUUGGAUUUUGAAGGCUAAAAAUGGCGGAUUCGGCCUGAGGCUAUUAUUCAACGAUGAUUAAGUCCAUCAAGCAGCGAUUUGGGAGGAUUUCAUCCGGGUCCAUUUUUUGCAGAUUCCAAGGGGGCUCCAUCACAGAUUCCGGGCGAUUUUUCCGAAAUAUCAUUUUCUUUCGAUUUUAGAGGCUACAGAUCACGAAUUCGGCCCAAGGCUAUUCUCCACCGAUAAUGAAGUCUAUUGAUCCUAUUCUGAGCCGAUGAUUAAGUAAAUUAAGCACCGAAUUGGGACAAUUUAUUUUAAAUUGACAUUUUCGUUAUUUGUUGGGCAAUUUUUAUCGAAAGGCCUUUUUCCAUUCGAUUUUGAAGGCUAAAAAUGGAGGAUUCGGCCUGAGGCUAUUCUUCAAUGAUGAUUAAGUCCAUCUAGCAGCGAUUUGGGCGGAUUUCUUCCGGGUCCAUUUUUAGCAGAUUCCAAAGGGGGUACCAUCACAGAUUUCGAGUGAUUUUUCCUAAAUGUCAUUUUCUUUCGAUUUUGGAGGCUAUAGAUCACGAAUUCGGCCCAAGGCUAUUCUCCACCGAUACAUGGUUCAGGAAACCGUACCGGACAUCAUACCGGAAUCAUCCGUGGUAGGGUAUUUUGUGGUACAACCGUGGUUCAACCCUUUUGUGCCGGUAAAUAUCGUUUUAAUAAUAAUAUAAUAUUAUUUUUGUAAAAAAACCGUAUCGACAAAUUAGAGUAUCGUUUCGGAAUAAUACCGGAAUAAAACCGGAAAAUACCAGAAUAAAAAAAAAAAAAAAAAAAAAAGGCACAUGUCAUGUCUCCCAUCUCAUUCCACUUUUCCUAAUGCUGCCACCCACUCCCAGUCUCCCACUCCCACUCCCACGUUUUCCCCUCUCUCUUUCUUUAAUUAUUAUAUUUCUUUGAUAUUUUUCCCUAUCUCUUCGCCUCCCGCAAGCCUCUCUCUCCCCUUGUACAUUUUCUUUUCUCUCUUAUUCUCACUGAUCCUAUCUCUUUCCUUCUCUUCCUCUUCUUAAAACAAUGGCGGCCGGAGGUUAUGGUGCUGGCUUCGAGAUCUCCACCAGCGAUAUCAUCGACGCCGACGCCAACAACAACAACAACAUUCACCAAUAGAGCUGCAGCAGCCGCCGCCGCGGGAAUUGCCGUAGCGCCACCAGCAGCAAUAGCAGCCGUCGUCGUCUGUCGAUGGCGGCGUUCUCGAGCAGCCGUCGUCGUCUGUCGAUGGCGGCGUUCUCGAGCAGCCGAGUUCGUCCUUUUCGCCGCCGUUGUCGGUCAUCACUCGCAAGAGGUAGGGGUGAGCUGGAGAAGAGAAGAGGAGCGACGGAUUAGGGAUUCGGAAUUAGGGAUUCGGAAUGGCUAUUGAGUAUGGAAGUGAUUUUUGUUUUAUUUUUCCCUGUUUCAAACGACGACGUUUUCUUUGAAAAACAGGCAACCGCCGGUUGGAACAAAACCGGGCGGUAUUUCGCUUAGAACCAGUUAAACCGAAAAUUCCGGCCGGUAUGGUAUUUAUAGCAGCCAGUGUAUACCGUUUCGUUUCUGGUCCGGUUUCCGGUUUUACCGGUUCAACCGGCCGGUACGAUCCGGUUUCCUGGACUAUGCACCGAUAAUGAAUUCUAUUGAUCCUAUUCUGCGCCGAUGAUUAAGUCAAUUAAGCACCGAAUUGGGCCAAUUUAUUUAGGGAUGACAUUUUCAUAAUUUGUUGGGCAAUUUUGUUGAAAGCCCAUUUUCCUUGGAUUUUGAAGGCUAAAAAUGGCGGAUUCGGCAUGAGGCUAUUCGUCAACGAUGAUUAAGUCCAACAAGCAGCGAUUUGGGCGAAUUUCUUCCGGGUCCAUUUUUUGCAGAUUCCAAAGGUGUACCAUCACAGAUUUCGGGCGAUUUUUACGAAAUGUAAUUUUCUUUCGAUUUUAGAGGCUACAGAUCACGAAUUCGGCCCAAGGCUAUUCUCCACCGAUAAUGAAGUCUAUUGAUCCUAUUCUGAGCCGUUGAUUAAGUCAAUUAAGCACCGAAUUGGGUCAAUUUAUUUUAAAUUGACAUUUUCGUUAUUUGUUGGGCAAUUUUUAUCGAAAGGCCUUUUUCCAUUCGAUUUUGAAGGCUAAAAAUGGAGGAUUCGGCCUAAGGCUAUUCUUCAACGACGAUUAAGUCCAUCUAGCAGCGAUUUGUGCGAAUUUCUUCCGGGUCCAUUUUUAGUAGAUUCCAAAGGGGUACCCAUCACAGAUUUCGAGUGAUUUUUCCUAAAUGUCAUUUUCUUUCGAUUUUGGAGGCUAUAGAUCACGAAUUCAGCCCAGCUAUUCUCCACCGAUAAUGAAGUCUAUUGAUCCUUAUUCUGUGCCGAUGAUUAAGUCAAUUAAGCACCGAAUUGGGCCAAUUUAUUUAGGAAUGACAUUUUCGUAAUUUGUUGGGCAAUUUUGUUGAAACCCCAUUUUUCUUGGAUUUUAAAGGCUAAAAAUGGCGGAUUCGGCCCAAGGCUAUUCUUCAAUGAUGAUUAAGUCCAUCAAGCAUCGAUUUGGGCGGAUUUCUUCCGGGUCCAUUUUUUGCAGAUUCCAAAGGGGUACCAUCACAGAUUUCGUGCGAUUUUUUCGAAAUGUCAUUUUCUUUCGAUUUUAGAGGCUACAGAUCACGAAUUCGGCGCAAGGCUAUUCUCCACCGAUAAUGAAGUCUAUUGAUCCUAUUCUGAUGUGAUGAUUAAGUCAAUUAAGCACCGAAUUGGGCAAAUUUAUUUUAAAUUGACAUUUUCGUUAUUUGUUGGGCAAUUUUUAUCGACAGACCAUUUUCCAUUGGAUUUUGAAGGCUAAAAAUGUCGGAUUCGGCCUGAGGCUAUUCUUCAACGAUGAUUAAGUCCAUCUAGCAGCGAUUUGGGCGGAUUUCUUCCGGGUCCAUUUUUUGCAGAUUCCAAAGGGAUACCAUCACAGAUUUCGGGCGAUUUUUCGAAAUGUCCUUUUUCUUUCGAUUUUAGAGGCUACCGAUCACGAAUUCGGCCCAAGGCUAUUCUCCACCGAUAAUGAAGUCUAUUGAUCCUA